CCAUGAAGCUAGCGCCGUCGUCUUCCGACAUACUCUUCAGGGGGAUGCAUACUUCCCUGAGAGCAUCUCGAAGAAGACGAAGCUCCUCUGCACCGAGAAGACUCUGUCCGGAAGAAUCAAGAUCCCGGAGGAGGAGGACCGACGGACCCAGCAUAACAGUAACAUGAGCUUGCAUCGCUGCUUGAAGAUCAGGGUCGGCCGCUAUCCUCGCCAUCAGGAGCACGGCAUCUAGAGCCUCCAUCUGCGCCAGCGCCAUCUCCAUCUGAAGCAAGAACCACGAAUGAUUAUCGACUCCUCAAAGACAACCAGAUGAUUAGUUUUUGUUUGUAGUUGUCUAUGGAUGCACGACAAAGGAAGCUCGGGAGGGAAACAGUACCAGGGAAAUCUCGAUUUUGACGAGGCUAUCAGAUGGCAGAGAAAGUAGUGCGUGGACAAAGUGAAACAACACAACUCAACAGGCCCCUAUCCCCUCUACAUACACGGGGAAGGAGAGGAAGGAUUUGGGUGCUUAGAAGACCGGACCUGUGAGCUGUGAGUGAACCGGCCAAGCAACUGGUUCACCGGUUCGCCUCUGCUCCAUGGAACCACCGCUCGUCCAAAAAAACCGUCUCUCAUGUCAAUUUUUUUUCUGAACAACAGUAUAGGACAGGAUUUUUUUUUGAUAGAAAGAAUUGUAAUGACCAUGAGUCGACCAUCAAGUCACCGCAGCUGAGAGGAGAACUCUGAAGCUCCCUCCUCCACCAAGAUCUAGGGAGGACAGGAGGAGUGAUCUGUGGAAGCAAGGAAAGAGAGAUCGAUGGAGUUUGCUGUGGCGGCAUUUAGCGCGGUAGCUGGGGUCGCCGUGUUGAAGCUAAACAGCGUGAAGGGGAGGCCGAACACCGAUGCUAGGAGCAUCAGUGCGGAUCUCAACUCGAUCAAAGCUACCAUGCUAGAUCAUGCCGACCAUGUACGGCCUAUGAGUUUCUUGCGGGCAGAAUAUUUUGCACAACUGAGGGCCUUGGCAUGUGACAUCGAAGACUGUAUAGACUGCUUCAACGCCAAGAUGACGACCGAUGCUGAUUUUGCAGACAAAAUUGCCCGACUCAAGGAGAGCUCAAAGGGAACGACUCACCGGAUACAUACGUUUGGCUUUAUUCCUGUACAAGGGGCUGCAGCACAAGAGCCUGCUGCUGCUGUCCCGGCAGAGAUUGAGAAUCUUCAGUGUUUGAUGAGGGGUAAACAUGAUGGUGAUUACCUCAACUGCUUGCUAUAUUUCUGCUUGUUCCCACCCAAUUAUCAUGUCAGGACUAAGCCCCUCAUGAGGAGAUGGACGGCGGAAGGGCUAGUAGGAAGAGAACAAUCCGCAAUCAGCAAUUUGGACAAGUUCAUGGAGUCCAGUAUCAUCAGGUCCACCCAGAAAAGCAGCAAUGGGAAGGUGAAGAGAUGCCAGCCUACUGGCAACACGAUUCGUCAGUACAUCUCCCAACGGUCCAUGUCCGAGAAUUUCAUACUGUUAUGUCACGGUGCGUCUGCCGAAAUGCCGGAGGGACACCCUCGCAGGCUAUCUGUGCAUCCUUGUGCAAAUGUUCCACUGAAUUUGCCUGAGAGUUUAUCUGAUGUCCGGACGUUGGCGGUAUUCUCUACUGCUGCGGGGGAUCUCGAUGAAGAUGUUCUACGUUUUUCCAAUUAUAAAGUGCUGCGAGUGCUGGAUCUAAAAGAAUGUGCUCACCUGAGUGAUGGCCAUAUUCAGGCUAUCUACAACCAGGAGCUGAUGAAAUACCUGAGCAUCAAAUCAGGCAUCAUUGAUCGGGUUCCAAGGGAAAUCGGGAAGCUGAAUCAGCUAGAGACACUCGACCUGAGUGGAAGCUCAAAUUGUGACGAUGCUGAUGGAAUAGUGACGGUGUACAAAGAAGUCCUCCUGCUUCCCAAACUGAAGCACCUCCUUGGCAAGUUCCAGCUUUCUAGAAGGGAUUUCUUUGUUUGGAGAUCAGAUGUAGAGAGGUUUCUGAGAGCUAAUAAGAGUGUGCUGGAGACGCUGUCAGGAUUUGUCAUCGGUGGGAGAAAUGGAUUUCAACAGCUGCUGAGUCUUAUGCGGCAGUUGCGGAAGGUGAAGAUAUGGUGCAAAUCCGACGCAAGCCAAGAAAACCUGGGAGUUCUUUCAAAGGCCAUUAGGAAAUCAUCGGUGAUGGCGCCGGAGCGCCUCAUCUUAAGCGGUCCCUGUCGAUCGACUUCGGAGCAUGCCCGAGAGAGUUCGUGGAUGAAAUAGACGCAGUCGCGGGCAAGCUCGAUUCGCUCAAGCUGCACGGUCAAUUGAGCCAACUCCCUCCGUUUGUUGCAGAGCUAAGUGCACUUGAGGAGCUGUGCCUUUGGUCGACUGGCCUGCGUUGGGAGGUUAUUCGAGAAGGGCUGAGCUUCGUGGGGGGACUGAAAUAUCUCAAGCUUAUUGAAGACAACCUCGGGCUCAUCGACAUAUGGUAUGAUCACCUCAUAAGCAUUGGGCGGUUAUCCAUCGUGUUCAAUGAUCCAAUGCUAAUAGACAUAACGAUCCAAGAUGGCGCGCUGCCUUGUCUUGUGUCGCUUCAUAUCAUCUGUCCACAGCCGCUCCUUCUUCCUGGAAGAGCACUUGGUAUCAAAAUCGCACACAUGACUCAGCUGAAUGAAGUCGCACUCCAUCCUGACGUCGACGUUGGAAUAAAAGCCGAAUGGCAACGCGCUGUCGAUGGCCAUACUAAUAGGCCCGUACCUGUCCUUUUGUCCAUUGAAGGACCCUGAUCAAUAAUGCAUACCUCAUCAAACAAGUCGGUGCAAAUCAACAAUGGAGCCACCUCCGGUGUGCAUUGCUGCCAACUUAAGUUGAAUGCUGCUGCUCUCCUUGUGUUAUGGUUUUCUUCUUAUUGUUACUAUUAUAAUUUAUCACAAGGUUUACCACAUGUUUUUUACCUUCUUCAAAUUAUUAUUUGCGUGCGUACAAUCGGUUGCAUAAUUUUUUAGAGGGAUGAAUCCUUACUCUUGCUGUACAUCUUAUUGUAUUCCUCCGAGUGAAGAACUUUGCUAUUAACU